AUGCAUGACACUCACUAUAUCCUUGUCUGGUGGUGGAAAGUGGCUGUUCGAAGCAUCGAACUUGUUAAAAUUAAUCGUAAAGUAUCGGUUGUCUUCAUGGAUGAGGAGAUAGAUGCCCUUGCAGUGACAGUCAUCAAAGUAGCUACACAGCAUAUGCUGAAUGAAGGUGAAGGAUCUGAGACUUGA